AUGUGGAUUGGUUGCUGGUGGCUCGGCUUCCUCAUAUUCGGAGCUCUUCUGUUCUUCCCCUCUCUGGUGCUUUUCUUAUUCCCGUCCGACAAGCUCGACGAUGACAACAACACUGUGAAAAUUCCUCUGAAAGAUUCGGAGAUGAACGGAACAGCGCCGGUAAAACCGAAGAAAAUGCUGGUGCUUCGCGACAAACACGUUAAAAUUCACGCCGAUCAUGUCACUGCUGGAGAAAAGAUCAGUGAGUUCUUUUCUAUCGUCCGGUUACUGUUCCGAAAUCCGAUCUACGUUGGAGCAAUGCUUGGGCGAAUCGUAGACGUCCUGGCAUUCAAGGGGUUCUUCGUGUUCCUCGGCAAAUACCUGGAAAUCCAAUUCGGUGUGCCGCAGUAUAAGAUUCAAAAAUACCUAGGUAAGCUUAUCGACAGACUGUUUCAAUCAGCUCUUUCUAUCGCAGGCUCACCAUCUCUAAAAUGCGUGUAUUCAUUUGUCCAUCCCUACUUCCUGCAAUGA